UGAUUCGUCAAAACAGCCCAUUCAUGGUAGAUAGACCUGGUCGGCGGUAGCUUCCUUGUUUGGUCAGUUAACUCUCCUCUACAGCUGUAACACUACUGUCUACUGUGAGAACGACAAGAUGAUGAGCCCUAUUCAGAAACAGGGAUAUCUGGGGGAUAUCACAUCGAAGUCUACAGCAGAAUUAAUGGACCUUGCUUCACGCCAGGAGAAAAUAUUAAGAAAAACGAUAUUUGUGGAAUCUUUGCCAGAUAAAGGAGCAAAAGUUAGAGCAUUUUAUGAAAAGCUACAGCAGCUGUUGUUGGCGAGAAAUCAGCAAGUGGACGGUAUCUCUCCACAAACAAAAGAUGCGUCACAACUCAAGUCAGAAUGUGCUCCAGCUGCUGUUUUAGGGGAUAAACAAGAACAAGCUAUACAUGAUAGUUCAUUACAAAAUGAAACACAACAAAAUAUAACCACAAUCGGGACAAGAAACAUCUCUAGUAGUGAAGAUGAAAUAAGGUUACAAGAAAAUAAACGAAAAUCAAGCAGUCCCACUCUCAACAGCUUCCAAGAUAACGCUAUCACAAGCUGAUCAUAGCAGUUCUGAAGUUGAAAUGAAUACUGUCAUUAACAUUACUGAAAGUGAAAAUCAAGGCAAUGUUAAAGAUCCUGAUCUGGAGGAAUCGCUUAAAAAUAUGAAGAUUUCUGGAGAAGUAUCGAUGAUGGACAGGAUAGAAAAGGAGAAAACUACAAACGCCUACAGCAAAGUACUCCAGAAUGCUGUCGAAGUUCACUUUCCUCUUAAACCGAAUAACUAUCUGAAGAAAACAAAAAUUUCUGACCUGCCAAGAGAAUAUAAGUUUAAGUCCAGAGAUCAGGGUAAUGUUUCUUGUGUCCGUAUCAACCCCCGUAGCCAAGCUGUGGAGGAGUCUGCAGCCACACCCCCUUCCUACAAACACAAGGAAAGCAAGCUUAUACCUAUUGAUGAGUCACUGAUACUACAGAAAGAACAGAAGGUCAAGCAAGAGGAGUUACUAGCCAGGCAUGCUGCAGAGAAGCUGUCCCAAAGACUAGGUGUUAAAAUGGAUGCCUACAAUCCGGAGGGAGUGGACAUGUCUUACAGAAAUCAGGAGGAAGAUGUGGAUAGUGAUGAUGAGCUAGAAUGACUUUGAUGGGAAAAUCAGGACUAUAAGUGCUGUCUAUAAAACAUUUGUAACAUUGUGUGGACAAGCUAUGAGACAACACACACAACUACAGUAACAUUGUGUGGACAAUCUGUGAAACACCACACACAACUACAGUAACAUUGUGUGGACAAUCUGUGAGACACCACACACAACUACAGUAACAUUGUGUGGACAAUCUGUGAGACACCACACACAACUACAGUAACAUUGUGUGGACAAUCUGUGAGACACCACACACAACUACAGUAACAUUGUGUGGACAAUCUGUGAGACACCACACACAACUACAGUAACAUUGUGUGGACAAUCUGUGAGACACAACUAC